GUGAUAAAAGCCUGAGACAAAGGAUUUGUCUAAUUAGAACCUAAUCGUGAACAGAAGACCGUUUGCAAGAAAUGCGAUUAUCAAAGCGGUAAUCAAAUACGGGUGACUAAGGCAAGGACCUUGCGUCCUCUACAAAUCUCGUUAUUCUUUCUGCACCCAUACUUUGUUUUGCGACAUGGAGAAGUUUUGUUUGCUCACCUUAGCAGUGCUUACUGCUCUUCUGAUCCUGCCCUCAGAGGCACAAACUCAGUCAAAGUUCUUCGCCAUCGGUACUGAUGCCAGUCUUGAGUGCACAUGGAACGAUCUAGAAAACCCAGAAGACAUCCAAGUGGUAAAAUGGACUUUCAAAGGGCGACGUCUUCGUGAAGGAAAGAGAUACCAAUACAGCAGCGAAGGAAACACUCACAAUCUUCUGAUAAAGAAUAUCCAGAAGAAAGACAAGGGCUCUUACAUCUGCUCCCCCAAAAUGAGAACUGACCAACUACUCGGUGACGGAAAGUUUGUAGUGAGUGUUGACAAGGCACGACUCCCUGAAAUGCCUGAACCAAGGGACGUGAGAAUGACAGAGGGAGGAACUGGAAACCUCAACUGCAACUACCAUCAAGCUAAGGAACGAUAUGGCUUGAAGCUUUUCUGGACUUAUAACGGCGAGAAGAUCGCGGAGGGUGAUGUUGUACACAGUGGGACCAAUGCUAACUACCGAGCCUACACCGACGAAGAGGGUAGAGAUUGGUUGGCUCUGUCUAACUUGGAUCUCGAGGCUGCUGGUGCCUACAAGUGCAACUACAAAUACCCGGACAAACAAAUCUUUUCUAUGAAGUUCAAUGUUUUGGUAAAAGACCUCACGGGACCUGCAGAUCAAAUAAGGAAUGUUACUGUGAACGAAGACCGCUACACACAGUCUCUUAUUUGCGAUCUCAGUUCUCUUACCAAUGUUCUAAGCUACCGCUGGGAAAAGGAUGGAGAAGUAAUCAACAAUGAAACUGAUUCGUCCGGAAAAAUGAUUUUGUUGGAGGAUGACAUGGUAAAAACGUUGGAAUUUGAUGACCUUAACUCUGAGGAACAUUCAGGUGCUUACCGUUGUGUUGCUGAGCUGCAAUACUAUGAAACUGGAUUGACAUUCAACUUUGUGGUCGAAGAGUCCACAAAAGAACGUGACUUUGCUCCCUGGUCUCAGUGGAGUUCCUGUGACAAUGCUGGAAAGAAAUACAGAUUCCGAACUUGCAUCGCUGAUGGUUGCUCUGACCUCUACGGUUUUGUCUAUGAAGUACAAACUGGUUAUUGUGAUGAAGAUGAUGAGAUGGAAUAAGUUGGGAGAAUAAUGUCAAGAAUACUAAUGAAAGAGACAAUGUUUUGAAUAACUCUACACAAACUCAAUUAAAUCACUUUUAGAGGAAAUAUUUUAAUACUUUUUGUAUAAGAUUGAUAAUCUGUGAUGAAGAUUCUAUUGGAUAGAAAGAGAGUAG